UAAACAGGUAGCAUCACCUCGAGCUCCCGCCGAAGAGCCUCUUCAUGGAGACAAAGACUGACCUGACUUGCGACUUGUUUGUUUCUACGCCCAGUGUUGUGAAUCCGAUUUCCAAUCUAAAGAUGGUCUCCUUCCUGGCUUUCGGGUUGAAGAAAUCUUAAGGGCGUCCUUCAGCCGAAGAGAGAAGAGAAGGACGUGCUUGUAAAGCAGCGUAACUGACACAGUGUGGUGUGUCUGGUAUCUAGUGGAUCAGUUGGAGGACGAAACGGAGGGUUGUGACUGUGAUGUCAUGUGAGAGCUGGGUUGAGCCCCGUCAGCAUGGAGGAGAGCCAGGUGCUGUACAGAGACAGGACACACAGCAUGUCUUUGGAGUCUCACAGCAGACGAUGGAUGACCCGGGCCAAUCAGACGAGAAGCAGAAGGGCAGCCCGCUGAAUGCUGGGGUCGAGUUUGUGGUGCUGCAACAUGGGAAUGAAGCUGAAAUGCAGAUGGAGAAGAACAAGGAGACACGAAGCAGAAGGCGGGUCACUCAGAAGAUACACAGAGUAAAACAUGCAGAUGGAGCAGGAUCAGUGAGUGUCUCAUUUGUUGAGAGGGACAGAGAAAAGCGGCCUGAAGACCCACGGGGCCUUGGACCCUUCUUCUACUUUGGGGGGAGCAAUGGGGCCUCCAUAGUUGUGUCAUAUUGUGAGGGUCGAGGCUGGCAGCGCAUAUAUGACAAGACCAGGACGGACUACAAGCUGAAGUGGUGUGAAACGAAAUCACCUGCUUCCUACUACAGCUUCAAAGCAGGAGGCCAGUUGAUUUACCAGAUACCCAAUAAUAAGGUUCUGACCACUAAGAUAGGUCUUCUGAACAGCCUAAGAGAGUAUGACAGAGUCAGCAACAAGGUCAACUAUGGAUGUGCAAACAGGAGGAUGCGGCUGGAGGAUUUUUGUCCUGUCACUUUUCGAAUGGAUAUGAAGGUUGAGAGGGAGGCUUUCUUUAAUGGAAUAUGCGAUGAGAAAUCCAGCAUGUGGAUCUGCAAGCCCACAGGCCUUAACCAAGGCCGUGGUAUUUUUCUACUGCGGACACCAGAAGACAUCACAGCAUUCAGAGAACGACUGCAGAACACAAUAGAGCAGCAGUCCAACAGGAAGUCACCUUUCAAUGUGCCACAAGCUCGGAUUGUUCAACAGUACAUCCAGAACCCUUUGCUACUAAAAGGACGGAAAUUUGAUGUGCGGUCAUACUUUCUGAUUGCUUCCACUUCGCCGUACAUGGUGUUUUUUCGUCAUGGUUACAUCCGCUUGACAUGUAACCUUUAUGACCCAAACUCUGACAAUAUAACAGCCCACCUGACCAAUCAAUACAUGCAGAAGAAAAAUCCUCUCUACAGUCUGCUAAAAGAGGAAACCGUUUGGUCCAUGGAGCGCUUCAAUGUAUUCAUUAACGAGACUUACAUGCUGCCAAAGGGGCUGCCUAAAGAUUGGGCUCUGGGUCCUUUUGCAAAAAGGAUGCAACAUAUUAUCAUGCAGUGCUUUCAAGCUGUCAAAGCCAAGCUGGACUGCAAACUUGGUUACUUUGACUUAAUUGGUUGUGACUUCUUGAUUGAUGAGGAUUUCAAGGUCUGGUUGCUCGAGAUGAAUUGUAACCCUGCACUGCAUACUAACUGUGAAGUACUGAAAGAUGUGAUACCACAGACAGUCACCGAGGCACUUGAUCUUACUUUGGAAAUCUUCCAUAAGUCUUGCUGUGGACUGAAACUGUUGCCGCUAAACAGUCAAAGAGACUUUCUAUUGCUGUAUAGUGGUGAGACUGUGACCAUAACGAAACAGAGACACAAAACCACUGGACCUUUCUCGACCCUCCACUCAAAGAGCAGCUCCACCCACAUUAACACCAACAAAACUGUUGCCACUGCAACACAAACAGGGAAAUCGACCAAUAGGGCCUGCAAACAUUCUGAAACUCAAGCCAAAUGUCUGGUCCCUUCCACCGCUGUCCUCUCUUCCUCUGAUUCGUCCAAUACCAUCCCACCUUCAGAGCAGCCUGAGGAGUUACCAGUGAAACAACCUUCACCUAUAUCCCAGAAGCCUCUGACAUCCAAAGCUCAAGAAACAAAUCAGCUUCGACCACACCAGGCCAAAGCCGUGCGUUCUCGUGUUGUGCUUCAGCUCAGCAAGUGCACCUGGCAACAUCCUGCAGUGAUAUCCAACCUCAGCGUGCCUCUGCAGCCAGUGAGAAGUGCAAUCAGGUCACUGUCUACACCAGCCCUGAGCAAAGGCUCAAACUCCACACAAAGACUUGGAGCUCAAGGCCACCAAACAGACAAAAUGGAGCACAUGAGAUGCAACCUAAAAACAUCAAAGAUUCAUUUGGCUGAGCCAUACUCCUUCCACACUGUAAGGACAGAAAUGAAAGAGGCCAAAGUAAAGGAACAGGAAGGUGAUAGAUGACAAAUGAGCAAUGGUGUCAUUGUUAUUAUAAGAGCUUUUUCUACGAAUAAUGAGAGUUUGCUUCUGGUUAUGACUAAUGAUGUUGCUGAUCACCAGAAGCAUAAUGUCCAUUCAAAUCGAUACUCCUUCAAAGGUUGAACUUUUUAACGUUGCAAAAAAAAUUAUUUGUACAAAAAAAAAUAUGUAUUUUUUUUUCUUUUUUUGAAUGUCACCCCCUUUUACACAUCUAUUUAAUGUUCAAUUUAUUCACACCUUUCUCGUCUAUUUUUUCCUUAGUUGCUCAAAACCAUAUGUGUUUUGCUUGGUUGUUCACCAAGGCUGCAUUUCCCCCACAUAAAUACAUUAGAGCAGUAAUGUGGAAACAAGUAUUGUGAAAAAGGUUUACAGUUCAAAGUAAGGUCAUCUAAACAGUAAAUGUUAUAUAUGACUGUUUUUUCCAGGAUUCUCUGAUGAAUAUAAAGUUCAAAAGAACAUUUAUACAUGGCACAAAAACAUUU